UCGAACUCUUCAUCCUCCGUAUCGGAAAUCAUCAGUUGGGCGAUGGCAGCAUCCAGCAAACCCAAACCCAUAUCGCCCGUAUCUUCACCGUCAGAAUCAUCGGUUUCGGUACCCUCAAUGCCAUCGCUGGUCAGUCCAGGAAUGAUGUCGGCCUUCGCGAAUCCUCGGAUGAUAAUUCUGGCGGAUACUUUAUGCCAGGCAUCCACUAUCCACUGGCACACAGCGAAGGAGUGUUCUCCUUCCACCAUCCAGUUUUCCUACAUAAUUUGCAGUUUUGCCUUGAAGGAACAAAUGACACUUGGGUCCAAUGGCUGCACUUCUUUGGUGAAACCACCCAGUACUACAGCAAGCUCUGAGUUCGUCUUUUUCACCAGGGCUUUCAUACUUUCUGUUUUGUGGGCACGCAUGGAGUCGUGAACCAACAAUGCCAGCAAUGCACGAAAAAAUCUAUCUAGUCUGUGAACGUAAACUACUGAUAGCCUAUUCUUCAUCAUCUCUUCAUCCAUCCAGCCUUUCGGAUUCACUUCAACAAUUAUUCCAGCUGGAAGUGUUUCUUUAGGCAACGUUUUUCUUUUAAAACUUACCAUUGGGGGUAAUUUCUGCCCAUUUGACAAAACACUAAGAACUACAGUAAAUUAUGUCUAUUCAUUUCCUAUGGUGCGAAUUGCUACCGUUGACGUUCCAGUUCUCUCAACAGUUCGGGUCAGCGGCAUAUCAAAGGUGAGGGGGACCUCAUCCAUGUUGAUGAUGUGGCUGGCCUGUAUAUUUUUUUCAGAGAUCUUGCUUUUUCAGUAACUCCAGAAACUGGCUAACUUUUCCUCGUAAUCCACUGGCAGCUCCUGAAAAACCAUCGUCCUUGUACAGAUAGAGAGCUGCCGCUGUUUCAGGAAAUGGAAGCACCAAGACAGCCCUGCUUUAAAGUCAUUUAUACCCAUUUCAUUUGCCAUCGCUUUGGCUUUUAUCCGAACGGCGACAGUUGAGAAUAUUGCUUACAUAUUUCAGAUAGAACAAGACAGGUUUUAUGCGUAGUUUAUACGUAUUCUAGCGUGUUAUGAAAUUAGAAUUCUAAUAAGCUAACAAAUAGUGGUCCGAGUUUAUGUGUUAACUUCUUGGAAAAAUCCUAUAUAAGAGUACUUAUUGGGGAGAGCUGUUGCUUUAUGCCAUUUGUUUUAUACCAUUUGCUUUUACCACUGCUUUUGCCAUUGCUUUUCUAUUUUGCUCUGCCUUGUUUCGCUUGCCAGCAUCAUCAACACCCAAGAAAAAGACAGGAGCUCCAGCAGCAACAGCAGCGCUCACCGGGACCCCCAAGAGUGGCUCCUGCUUCCAUUUGAGACUUUAUACCAAAACGUAGCAUGGACUUUGAUGUCUAUGACUGUGCCUUUUGAAACUGAUGCGGUUUUGUAAUAAACAGCAUUUUAGCAAUUAUUAGCUGCUUUAAUCCUUUAAGAUAACCCAACAAAGUUGGUAUGUAGAGAGCACCAGAGGUCUUAACCUCACACCUGCUGCUUAGCUCAUUUAAGAUAACCUGACACAAAGUGAUGCGUCAAGAGUACCAGAGGUUAGAACCUCACAGGUGGGGCUUGUUGUAUUUCAUUAUUUGGUUUAUAUUUGGCACUGAAAUGGUUUCUCCUGUGGUUCCCCCAUGGUCUAUAUGGUUUAAACGCCCCCAGCUGCACCUGAUUGGCUGUGGUCUGGGGUUCCUCCACCCCUUGCGGAGGUUUGAAAAAUCCCCAGUUUUCCCAUGGACUCUCUCUCUUUCCCUGGAAGUCAUUCGAGAAUCAAGUCUUGGAUUAUCCUGGGAAGAAGAGCCUCCUUGGUCUUUCGCUUUGUCCAUGUUAAAUCCACCCCAUCGCUGACCUGGAACUAGCCAAGGCAGGUUGGAGUGUAGGGAGGGGACUGUAGCAGGCAGCCUCUUGCCAUGACCCAGAAUGUCGCAACCUGCCCAGAGAGAGGGUCCCGCAAGAGACAGCCUUCUGAGGGGAUCUUCCAGCAGGUCUCCUUGCCACCAGAUAAACCUCAGCAAGGUGGGCAGCCUAUGGCUGCAAGCAAUCAGCUCUCAAUGAUUUCAGCUCAGUGAUUUCAGCUCUGCUUGCGAAGGUAUCCCAGGUCGACUCGGACAGAGAGACAGAAGUGUCAUAUAGCAAACUCCACAGAGGUUCCUUUAUUAUCCAGCAACUCCGUGAAGGUGGGCAGGGACAAGAGCUCCCUACCUGAACUGGGCAGAGGCUGGGGUUUUUAUGAGGAAAAGCAAGGGUGGUACCGGGGAAAAGACCAAUGGGUUACAAAAGAUGGGUACUAAGGCAUGGUGGGAAAACUGAAGCCUUUGGGAUAGCUCACCAUGAAAAGGGAGGAUGUGCCCACCUAAGGGGCAUCUCUCCAGAAGAGCUGAGAUAAGCUAAUCACAGCCCAUUCCAGGACAUCCCUCCAGGGCAGAGCUGGGGCAGGUUUACCUGCCUCCAAAUAAGCCCUUUCCAGUUUAUAUUGCAAAAUUGCAUUUCACUUCUGCAGAGGCUGAGGAAUGGCUUGAUUCCUCAGAAGACAGUGUUACAGAAAGUGAUGAGUAGUUUGGAAAUAGAUCUUCUUACUUUGAUAAGAAUUAGACACUCCAAAAUAGUGUUUCUUUCACCAUGCAAGGCAAAACAGCUUUCAUUGUUAAUUUUAAAAGUUACAAUUAAAUAAAAAUUAAAGAGUAUUAGAGAGUCAGAAACAGAGAUAAGACUGAUGGAACCAAGCUCUGACCUCCAUGAGACAGUAGCAACCACCAGAAAAAAAAGAUCAAAGUUGUAAAGAAAGGAGCAAGAGAGGGUAGUCCAUGCUUGAGAUAGCAAGCCACACCCUUUUCCCCCACUUCAUCCCCCCAGGUCCCUCUGCAAAAGAGUUAAGAGGUUUUGCACAUGGAAAGCCAGCCAAAAGCUGAAGAGAACAAAAGUCCAGUUGCACCAAAGGUGCUACCAUCAUCAGAAAAGAAACACAAAAGCCUGUGGGUAAGAACUGCACACAAAGGCAACAAAGAGAAUCUUGUGAUUGAUGUCUAGUACAGGUGGCCUGAUCAAGAGGAGCCUAUUGUCAAAGCCUUCUUGCUUCAGCUACAGAAAGCAGCGUGCUCACAGACUCUUGUUCUUCUGGAAAAGUAGCACAAGCUGGAGACUUAGGAGACACCUGGACCCAGUGUUGUCCAGGGCACACAGGAUCCUGCAGAGCCCUUCGAUUUUGCCCUUAGACACAUGCUCCCCUCAUGCCUUGAGACUCCCUCAGCUCUAUGGCCUCUCCAGCACCUGGCCAGGAUUUCCCUGGUCCUCAGUAGCAAGUUGUCCCACCUUUAAACACACCCCUGACUCUGGGGCCACCUCCCUUCUUGCUGGACCAUCCGGUUUUACCUUCAUUAGCACUCAUACACUCCAGAACUGCACCAUGGGUGCAUGGGCCCUCUGAUGUGUCUGACUCCCAUUACUGCACUCAAACCCCCAUAAACACAUGUAUGCACAUAUCCCAGAGUGUGGACGUUGAUGGCCCACCUGGGACAGAACUUGCCCCCCUCCCCUGGAAGGAAUGCCCUUAAGCACUCCCUCGUCAUUAUGGUUAUGGAAAAGUUAUUCCCCAGUAUGCCCCUCUGCUCUAUGUUAAUUGGUUGCACCGCCCCUGUGCCCUCAGUUCAUUCGCCAGUUGCUCUACCCCGCCCCCUUUCUCCCCUAUAUAAACCCUACUCCCUCAGCUCCCUUGAGCUAGUUUGUCCCUGGAACUGUCUGAGGAAGAAGACCAAUAUAGCUUUGCGCUGGAGCUCCAUACGCGGCUGCCGUCCCUCUCUCCUGCGCUGGCCGAAGCGGGGCCUCACAAAAGAGCUGCUCACUUCACCCAGGAGCGAGGACAUGCCUGUGCCUCUCACACGUCCUUUUCAGGACGCUUCCUCAGAAGGUCACGGCACUCCACCACCACUCACCACCGCAACACCAGAGAAAAGCUAGAAAAACGUUUGCUAUCACCAUAGUCUUGUUCCUCCCCAAUUCAUCUCAAUCCAUCCCUUCCCCUGAUUUUUAUUCAUUUCCUAAACAGAACUUUCCAUACGUCUCCUUCACUUUUUUUAAAAGCUCAUGGUUGAACCUGCAGAACUGCCUUUCUUUUGCCUUGCAUAGUGCUUCUUUCCUUGUUAUAAAUGACUCAGACCCCAAAUGGGAAUGAGUGAUAAAAAUUUUGUUGACAACUAACAAAAUGUGCCCAAAGCAAAAAAAGGGACACUGCUGAGAGUGUGGCUGAACAUCAGAGGCCCAUCCAAAAAAUGGCAGGUCUGCCUUUUAUUCAUCUGAUGUUGCAUCAGCCAAAUACGUAUUUAUAAGCAGUCACACUUAUUCCAACAUUUUUCUUAUAUAUCUUCUUUGCCGUCCAUUGGUGGAGACCUUCUUGCCCACUUGACUGGAGGUGAGGUGUUGUCAUGCCAAGCUCCCUCCUGCCCAGUGACAAGCUUCCCCCAUUCCUGGCUGCCUCAUGCUCGGAACAUGUGUACACGCCCUCCCCCACACGUCUCUGACAACCAGGAUUGUAUGGUGGCAACAAUACAGAUGGGAGAAGAGAGCUUUGAAGGGAGAAUAGAAAAGGGGCUGAAAAACAACCUACAACAGUCACUCAUCCAAGAACUUUAAACCUUAACAAAACUCCUUUUAACAUACGUAACAUCCAUUCCUCAUUUGUGAGAGCCAAUCACCACACCACUCAUCUAUAACACUUUGAUCCUGAAAGCUGUAGGAUUCGUAGGCAACUUUGCUGCCCCAAGCUAUGAGCAGAUCAGUUCCCAUAACCACCCACAUCCCAUACAUGUGUCACUGUAUUUGGGACAUUGGAAUGGGCUGCGCAGGAAAACAGUGGAGUCACCAUCUCUGGAGGUGUUUUAAAACAAGAUUAAUAUAACUUAGCGCCAUGGUGUAGUUGAUAACAUGGUGUCAGGUCAUAGGUUGGGCUGGAUCCUCUCAAAGUUUGUCUUUUCCAAGCCAAUUCUUUGAUUCUUCCCACCGCUCCCUGAAUAUAUACCCCCCCCCUCAGAUACACCCGUGCCUCCAGGGGGGAGCAUGAGGACACUCAUGGGCUAUCUGGGCAGGGCAUCUCCAGGUGCUGCUGAUCCCCAGCCCCAGAUCAAAAAAACAGGGGGCUCUGCAGGCUGCCAAAACUCAAUUUGUUGGUAUGCUAAGAGAACCAGACAAGUUUGUACCCUGAAACCUGGAGCUGUGAAACGCUCUGCCCUCGCACAGGACCCCAGGGAACAGCUCAACAGCCAUGCAUGCCCCAAGGGCCAAAAAAAUCUGCAUGAGCUGGAGCUUGCUGCCCUCAGCGUGGCCUCGGCUAGCACGGAACGUGGUAGCACCAAGGAGCCGAGAGGGGCGCGGAGAAAGCUCGGGCAUUUUCCGUAACUCGACAGCCGUGCCCGACAGCGUAACUCCAGCAGGUUACUGGAGGAAACAGCCCGCCGACGGACUGGCUGCCCCCAGAGCGGGCUGGCUGGCUGCUGCGGGAAAGACGAGUUGCUGUGGGAGCGGGCGAGUUGCUGAGGGAGCGGACGGCCGGGCCGAUACUGAGGGAGUGGGAGAGCUGGCUGUGUGGCUGCUGCGGGCCCGGACCGGCUGUUUGCCCGGCUGGCUGUGGCUGGCUGGCUGGCUGCUGCUGCGGGAGCGGACGGGCUGUUUGCCCGGCUGGCUGGCUCGCUCGCUGACGGACUACUGCCCGCAAACCGCGGCCGCUGAAGGAGCCCGCGGCACCUCCCCCGCGCUCCCGUUUCUCGGGCGCGCCCCCGCGCCCAACGCGCAGCCGCAGUGCUCCGAAACAGUUUCUUAAUCACGUCGGAGAAGCCGCUUCCGUUUCCAACGCCGCAUUCCGGCCACACCUGCCCGUGUCCGAACCCCGGCUCGCUCCGCCGCCCGGCCCGCCCGAAGAGGACCCCGCGCUCGGCCGCCCCAGCAAGCUAUGUCCGAGGAGGAUUAUGUAUGUGUGAAGACUGAGGAAGAGGAUGAAGCAAUGAUGAUGGACCAUGGAGACAACAGACUGUCCACACAAAGCUGCAUGCCAGCACAACAGAACUCUGGAGCAAACAGUGCUGUUCACCACAUGAGUCAACUUGCCUAUGGAAGUGAAGGCUUGCCAAUGCUUGCUGAUCAAACAGCCUCACAAAUGAGUCAUUCUGCAAUCAUGCAGAGAGGAAAUGGCCACAGCCCUGAAAAAAUGGAAUUUGCGUUUUUGCGUAAUAAAAGGAAACGUCACUCUUCUGCUGUAGUGGAACACAAUGUGAUGAGAACCGGGGAAGAAGAAUAUGAAGAUAGUGAGAGUGUAAUUUAUGAGUAUGAACCAGACUACGAAUGUGAGAGCAUUUUAUCUGAAGCUUCUUAUACUGGAUAUCAGCAGAAUCCUCUUAUGGAAGUCCUGAGUUAUUGCCAGGCCAUGUAUGAUGCCAUUCAGAAGUUGGAUAAAAAAUUUGACCUGCUUCAUCGUAAGGUCUCGGAGAUGCAGCAUGCUCGUAUAAAGCCAUUGUUGUUCAAAUCUAAACCAGUUGGAUUUACGUACAAAAGUUCCAGUCAUUUACCUCCAGGAAAAAUAAGAGUACAAAAACACAUGGAAAGGGAUUUAAGUCUUCACCUUUCUUCAUCGGGCCAGGGAAGGUGCAGCCCAGCUGUAAGGACUACUUUACAAAAUGGCCACGUUCAAGUGAAUUCCAAAGUACAACGUGUCCCACGUGGUUUCCAGCUUGAAUCUCAGCAGCCUGUUGGAAGGCAGAGCCCACCACUCCCCACUAUAGUUUCAACACAUUCGUUGCAUUCAUCAUACACAGCAACUAAUGGGAUGCCUGACCUUUCACCACAACCAAAUCUUGCUCCCAGUAUUGUGGAAAGUACUGUCAACAUUGCAUCUUCACCUGUGGCAUCACCGUCCAUACCAACACCAUCUGAGCCCAGUCAGGAAGAUAAUGCUGUGGAGUUGAAAUACAGAAAUUCAUCUGAGGAUGUGAAUAUUAGUGAAGAACUACCAUCUUCUUCAGUCUUAAUCAAUCCUAACUUGGAGUUUGUUGGUGACCCAGCAAGAAAUGUAAAAGUUCUUGGAAACCAUUUGGUGAAGGCUCGGCAAAAGACUAAACCCAGGUACGCAGCGCGCCACUUGGUUCGUGUCUUGUUCCCCAAGAAAACUUUGUUGUGCAGCGUUAUGGGAGCAAGCGCACGAGGGCGCAGGACAUUGGAUCCAAACAAAAUUGCUGCAAUAAGAGAGUUUCUUGCAACUAACUUUCCAACCUAUGAUUUGAGCGAGCAUGGAAAAGACUGGAAAACCUGUAUCACAAACGUCAAUGCUAUGAUCCGCUGUUUGCGCUCUGAAACCAAAGCAAACCCAGCAAGUUUUCCUAAGGAGACAACUGAGGGGAAAGAAGAAGUGUCUGAUGCUCCUGAUACAUCUCAUUGUGUAGAUUUAAAUUAUAAUGAAGAUAGUGAAGACAAAUCUCAAACCUUUCAGAAAAUUACCAACUCCAUAACUGACACAUUGCUGAAUUCAGGAUUGGAUAAGUUUCCAGAAGCUUUCCACACAUCUUCACUCAGCAAACAUUCUUUGGAACCUAUGGAACCUCUUGGGAGCCCAUUACACAAUGUUCAGUUGCCUUUCUCGGUCAUUUACGUCGCUAAGGGGAAGACGCGGCCAGAGUUGUCAGCUCGCUACCUAAUCCGUCAUAUGUUCCCUGAAGAUGUGCUGGUGAGAAGCAACGUGUAUGGUAGUCUUGAUCGUGGCAUGAGCCCACUGGAUUCCAAUAAAAUCAGUGCACUCAGAGACUUUCUUCAAGAAAAUUUUCCAUCCUUUGAUCUCAGUGAAACUGGAUCAGAUUGGAAGGCAUGCGUGGGUGCCAUGAACAGCUCAAUCCGCAGUCUCAGACAUGAGCUUAAAAAGGCAACGUCUGGAAUCCGCCACGGAGCCCUGGCAGAGUCCUCCAGAGGAUGCCACUUCCGUAAAGGCAGUGAAAGGCAUCUCUUACAUUGAAUCUCUCUAGCGUGUCUCAAAUCUCAAUUCAGCAGGUUUCUAUUCAUUCCAUGUAGAAACCUGUAACAUCUAGCUGUCCUAUUCAGCUGAGUUGUCAGCAGCACUAAAUAGCAUCAUUUCAUGAGACCAGAAUUAGCAGAAGGCUCUGGGAGUCCUAACUCUUUGUAUAGGUAGCAUUUGUGCUCCUCGCAAAUUAUUUUCACUGCUCCCUGUAGCAUUUGCAAUGUGCUCUCUCCUAAAAGCAUCUUCUUCUCAUGAUUCAUUGAAUCUGAAAGAUUAAUCUGAUUAGAAAAGAUGCACUGUGCAUCAGUACAGCAGAAGCAGAUGGAAAAGAGUAAAGACUGGUCCUCCUUGGAGGGUGAAUCAUAGCCAGCUAAAUUAUCUCAUUGUGUAUGAGGAAUGAAAUUUGCUUUGACAGUUGAAUAUCUUCAGCAAAAAUAUCAGAAAGGAAAAAACAUUUCUAAUUGCAUUUAGUUAACUUGUUGUAUCUGGACUUGAUGAUCUUCGAGGUCUUUUCCAACCUUAAUGAUUGUAUGAUCUCACAUUUUUGCCUCCUAUAUCAGUGGUUUUUGUAGGAUAAGAGGCAGACAACAAUAUAAGUACAACUGGUAAUGUAUGGGAGAAUGAUGCCUUAAGUUUUAGCUUUCAUAUUUUCCAGAUUCUGUACUGUAUUAGUAUAUAACUCUGAACGUCAUAUGAAGUGUUCACAGUUUGGUUAGACAAAACAAUCCUUUCCCAGCCCAAUAACCAAAGACACCGUUGCAGCUUCAGGCCAAAAAAGUGUAAACAACAGCAAAUUGAGGAGAGCAGUCUGGGAGGAUGGGACUUCAUAAACUGAAGCUGUAAUUGGACAAUUAACCCAAGUUUGUAAAUGGACCAAAACUUACAAAAGUGUGAAAAUUUUUGGCUGGUGGUCCAUCUUGAGUGUAGCCACAGCAAGUACACCUUGUACUGCCCGAGGUGUAUGCUUUGAAGGCCUUUUUAUUAAAUACCUACUUUAUUGCUUUAGCACUGACUAGCCCCUGUUCUAGGUAACCUCUCAAGGCAUCAGUUACACUGAUCUGUUCUGAUUUAGCUCUAAAAAAGGACAAAAAAAAAAUCCAAAACAAACAGUCCCAUGGUUGGUUCUGUUUUUUCUUAAUUAAAUUUAAGGAAAAUACUUCUUCAGGAUCCUGAACUCUACCAUCUCAUCUCAUGUAACUAAGGCUUCACAUUUUUAGCAAAUCCCUUGUAGGUGCUAUGAGAUGCAGAAAAGCACCUGUCAAUAAUAAAUGUUCAUGCUCUUGCCUUUCUCUGCAAGACUAAGAUUUAUUAGUGCACUAAGUUGUAUAUUUAAAAAAAAAAAAACAAACUUAUUUUAGCAAACUAAUUUUAAAAGUCACUUGGAUGUUCAACUUUUAAAAAGGAAUUAAAAUUAAUUGCCAUAUAUAUUCAAUUUCACAUCUUAGUUUCAUUUAAGUUAGAAUUCAAGAACAGCAACUGUACAGAAGUUAAUGGGGUGUUUUGUUGGGUAGUUUCUUUGUUAUUUGGGGUUUUUUGUUUGUUUUCAGAAAAGGAAGUAAUCAUAGAAUCAUAAAAUAUACUGAGUUGUAAGGGAGAAAUCAGGAUCAUCAAGUCCAACUCCUGACAGUGCAUAGGAUCAUCCCCAAAAAUGAUGCCAUGUGCCUGAGAGCAUUGUCCAAAUGCUUCUUGAACUCUGUCGGCUUAGUGCUCUGAGCACUUCGCUGGAGAGCCUGUUCCAGUGCCCACCCAUCUGGGUGAAGAACCUUUUCCUGAUAUCCAACCUAAACCUCUCCUGACACAGCUUCAGGCCAUUCCCUUGGGUCCUGUCACUGGUCACAGGACAAAGAGUGAAGAGAUCGGCACCUGCCCCUCUUCUUCCCCUCAUGAGGAUGUUGAAGACCGGAAUGAAGUCUCCUCCAGGCUGCUCUUCAUACAGCUUCCCCUCCAGACCCUUCACCAUCCUCAUGGCCCUCCUCUGGACCCUCUCUCAUAGCUGAAUGUCUUUCUUACAUUGUGGUGCCUAAAGCUGCUCCCAGCACUCGAGGUGGGGCCACCCCAGCUCAGAGCAGAGCAGGACAAUCCCCUCUCUUACCCAGGUGGCCAUGCUGUGCCUGAUGUCCCCCAAGACACAGCUGACCCUCCUGGCUGACAGGGCAUUUCUGACUGAUACUCAACUUGCCAUCAACCAGGACCCCCAGGACCCUCUCCACAGCUGCUCUCCAGCUUCUCAUUCCCCAGUUUAUACAUGCAGCCAGGGCUGCCCUGUUCCAGUUGCAGAAUCCAGCACUUGGCCUUGCUGAACUCCAUACUGUUGGCAUAAGCCUUUGUGUUCCACGCUUUUCAGCAUCAGCCACAUGGUCCUCCCACUGCCUGUACUGGCUGUGUGAGCUUGCCUUGCCUCUUUUGUUGGGUCUGAGUGCAGUCUCGGAGGUCCAGUUUCUUCAUAGAAGGGAGCUACCUGGAAGACUGGCAUAGGGAGUGGAUUUUACCUCUGAGAGUUGUAGAAACUGUGGCUUCCAAAAUAACACCUGUACAUAGCAGAAUUAGAUUUAACUAAAUCUGUCUUCUCCAAGGCAAAGGUUUCAUAGUUUAUUUGUUAGCAAUAGGAUAAAACAGUGAAUUUGCCCAUUCUCACUUAACUUCUGUUCAUAAAAAACAGAUAGUCUUCAUUGUACAGAGAAUAGGACAUUUUUAAUCGCAACUUAGGAUAUGCAAUGGCCUUAUCAAAUAUGAAAUCAGUUGGUAAUUUAAGUUCUUCCUGCUACUUCCUCGCAGAAGUCCUCUGUAGGAUUCAAGAAACAGACUGAAUUUCUGAUUUUCUUUUCUUGGUAGAAAUGUUGCACUGCAAAUUUGGUUGUUUUGGUGUACUAUUAACUCAUUCUUCUGUUACUUUCUGUACAGUCCUUGUUGUAAGUGCCAAGAACUUUGUUGUGUAUAGAUAUUAUUAGUUCUAAACCUCAGAAAAAGCAAAAAAUACUUAUAUUUUUUCAGUAGUUUUAUGAAUUUUUUUCACUGCCAUUCACAGAUUUUAAUGGUAGAAGUAUAUAUUUAUUGACUGACAUGUCUGUUGCUGAACUCUAUUAAAUGUGGUGAAUACCUAUACCUUCCGUCUUGAAAAGAAAAUUUAAUAAUUUAAGUAGAAAUAGUUUUCUUGUUUCUGUUUCAAAUGUAUUAAAGUUUGCUAACUUUUGUAAAGUACAAUUAAAGUAUUUUGCUGUUAGGAAUAAAGUAUUUUACAAAUAAAACUAGCAUAUCGCUCUUUGACUA